AUGUUGAGUGCAGAAAACAUGCCGCUGUUAGAUUCAACACCCGUGGCUGUGGAUGAAGCAUUCACGCAGAUCGCAGGCGCUGAUAUCGAAAGUCUGCUCAAACAACUCACGCUGGAUGAGAAAGUCGCACUGUUAGCUGGAGAUGAUUUUUGGCACACCGUCUCAAUCCCUCGACUCGGAAUUCCAUCAAUUCGAGUCUCCGAUGGCCCCAAUGGUGUACGGGGUACUCGCUUCUUCAGUAGUGUCCCAGCGGCAUGCCUGCCAUGCGGAACGGCGAUCGGUGCUACAUUCGACCGCGACCUCGCCCUCGAAAUUGGACACUUGCUUGCCGCGGAAGCAAAGGCCAAAGGUGUCCAUGUAAUCCUAGGCCCAACAAUCAACAUUGCACGAGGUCCUCUGGGAGGAAGAGGAUUCGAGUCAUACUCCGAAGAUCCAAUGCUAUCAGGUGUGCUUGCAGGCCACUAUUGCAAAGGUCUGAAGGAAAAAAACAUCAGCGCUACACUCAAACACUUUGUUUGUAAUGACCAAGAGCACGAGCGCAUGGCAGUGAACUCGAUUGUCACCGAUCGGGCGCUCAGAGAAAUCUACCUGCUUCCUUUCCAAGUCGCUAUCGCUUUGGGGGAACCGGAUGCCAUAAUGACCGCUUACAAUAAAGUGAAUGGUGUCCAUGCAGCCGAGAGCAAGUUCCUGCUUCAAGAUGUUCUCCGCGAUGAGUGGAAAUGGGAUGGCUUAUUAAUGAGUGACUGGUUCGGAACAUAUAGCACCUCGGAAGCUAUCAUCGCGGGCCUUGAUUUGGAAAUGCCAGGCCCAGGAAGAUGGCGCGGUGCUGCAUUGACACACGCCAUCACAUCAAACAAGAUCCCUAUGUCCAAGCUCAAUGAUCGAGUUCGAGCUGUUCUCAAACUGGUCCAAAAAGCAAGCAAGUCAGGUGUUCCUCAGCGCGCCCCAGAGAAUCAGUUGAAUCGGCCCGAGGACCGACAAUUGUUGAGGAAGGUUGUAUCCGAGGCAAUCGUGCUGCUGAAGAACGAAGGCAACAUUCUUCCGUUGAACAAGGACAAGAAAGUUGCCGUGAUUGGUCCCAACGCAAAUAUUGCCACAUAUUGUGGCGGCGGCAGUGCGGCAUUGAAUCCCUAUUACACUGUGACUCCGUUUGAAGGUAUCUCGAACUCGGCUCAGGCUGGUGUUGAUUUCGCACAGGGCAUCUAUGGGCAUCAAAUGCUGCCAUUAUUGGGCAAACGCCUCGUCACCGAUGAUGGCCUUCAUGGCUUUACAUUGACAAUUUUCAAUGACCCUCCGACCAAUCAAACCAGAACACCACUCGAGGUUCGUCAUGAAACCGACUCGAUGAUCAUUUUCAUGGAUUAUGAUCACCCCGCGCUGCAGCCAACUUGGUACGCAGAUGCAGAGGGGUACUUCAUCCCCGAAGAAUCCGGUGUAUAUGAUUUCGGCCUCACUGUUCACGGAACGGGAAAGCUGUAUGUCGAUGGGAACUUGCUCAUUAACAAUGCCGACAAACAGAGAGCCGGAACAAGCUUCUUCGGCAGUGGUACUCUGGAAGAGACCUCUGCGAUAGAACUUGAGGCUGGCAGGAAAUACAAGGUUCAUGCGCAGUGGGGCUGUGGAAAGACCAGCACAUUCAGGGUCCCUGGUGUCGUCGAUUUCGGACACGGAGGUUUCCGCCUUGGUGCUUGCAAGCAGUUAUUACCUCAGGAAGGUACCAAGGAAGCAGUCAAGGUUGCCUCCAGUGUUGACCAGGUGGUCCUCGUGGCCGGGCUGAGUGCGGAAUGGGAGUCGGAAGGCGAAGAUCGAGCGCAUAUGAGCCUGCCUCCUCACACGGAUGAUUUGAUCACACAAAUCCUCGCUGCCAAUCCUAACACCGUCAUUGUUGUUCAGAGUGGGACUCCGGUCGAGAUGCCUUGGGUUGACAAAGCAAAGGCCGUGCUUCAUGCUUGGUAUGGAGGGAAUGAAACAGGUAACGGUAUUGCUGAUGUCGUCUUCGGCGACGUCAACCCGUCCGGAAAGCUUCCUCUCACAUUUCCCCGUCGCCUCAAGGAUAAUCCCACAUUCUUCAACUACCGGUCGGAAGGCGGCCGUGUUCUAUAUGGCGAGGACGUGUAUGUUGGAUACCGUUAUUACGAUGGCCUGGAAGUUGAGCCGUUGUUUCCCUUCGGCCACGGUCUCUCCUAUACCACUUUCAAUCUCUCAGGUCUGCAUCUAAUCAGGGAUUCGGAAAACACUUUACAAGUGGAGUGUAAAUUGCAAAACACUGGGUCGAGAGCUGGAGCAGAGGUUAUUCAAGUAUAUUUAGCACCCGUAUCGUCUCCGAUCAGACGGCCUCUAAAGGAAUUGAAAGAAUUCCGUAAGGUGUUCCUUGAAAGCGGUGCAGGACAAACCGUCGCGAUCCCGCUUGACAUAGUCCGGGUGACGAGUUUCUGGGACGAGAAAAACAAUAGCUGGUGCAGCCACAGCGGUGCUUACAAGAUCAUGGUUGGAACAAGCAGUCGUGGGGUCUUUGCAGAAGAAUCUUUCGAGAUCGGCGAAACUACCUUCUGGUCUGGCAGCUGGUAA